GGAGACACAGCGCCCUCCUGUUGUUCUCUGCGAAGACGCAAGAAGCGCAGUUGCGGCAGUUUUGUACAGUAUAAGCUGGGAGUGACCAUGCCAGUGGACGUCAGCCAGUGGAGCGGGGCUUUAGCCCUCACUGAGGUGGACGAGAAGCCGGCCAAGCCGCUUACGGUCAAAUACGGCUCGCUGGAAGUCGACGAGCUGGGGAAAGUGCUCACACCCACUCAGGUUCAGAAUCGGCCCACACUGAUUGAGUGGGAGGGCUGUGACCCUGGAAAGCUGUACACUGUGGCCAUGACUGAUCCAGAUGCACCCAGCAGGAAAGACCCCAAGUUUCGGGAAUGGCACCACUUUCUUGUUGUCAAUGUGAAAGGGAAUGAUAUCUCCACUGGGUGUGUGAUGUCUGACUACGUUGGUUCUGGCCCUCCUAAAGGAACUGGCCUCCAUCGUUACGUGUGGCUGGUGUAUGAGCAGCCUGGCUCUGUGAACUGCACUGAAGCAGUCCUUACCAACCGCUCUGGAGAAAACCGCGGAAAAUUCAAGCUCGCCAACUUCCGCAAGAAAUAUGGCCUUGGCGCCCCGGUGGCCGGCACAUGCUACCAGGCUGAGUGGGACGACUACGUACCCAAGCUUUACAAGCAGCUGGCUGGGGAAUAAACAGAUUUUCACCCCCCCGCCCUUUUUUUUUUGGGGAGUUUAACAGUGUUGCAGUUCCAUUAUCACCUGAUCAUGUGCUAAUGCUUUACUAAAGCUCAUCAAUUUGAUUCGAUCUCAACUCUGAUUCACAUCUCACCUUUGCUUCACUGCUGUUCCUGCACUUCCUGCACCAUACCUUGUUCCUAUGGAUACAGAUCUAAUUUUGUGCACCAGGGUGAUACGAUGAUUCAUUGUUUGUAUAGGACAUGUCAGGAAUAAUGGAAAAAUGGUGUCCCUGAUAUUAAAAACUACAGCCAGACUACA